UUGUGGGCUCAUCUAAAGGACCAACGUGGAUCGAGAAGUCAGCGCUCUCAGGAGGCCGACAAUUUUGUUGACGAAAGAAGUGGAAGAAAAAAAUACAACCGUGACGAGUUUGGGAAGGAUUUUACUGUGAAAGCUUCCCUAAAAAUGCAUCAGGUCAUCGACACCGGAGAGAGACCGUUCAGCUGUGGAGACUGUGGAAAGUCUUUUACCAGGUCUAGAAGCUUAAAAACACACCAACUCCUCCACAGUGGAGAGAGACCGUUCAGCUGUGAUGAGUGUGGAAAGUCUUUUACCAGGUCUGGACACUUAAAAACACACCAACUAAUCCACACCGGAGAGAGACCGUUCAGCUGUGACGAGUGUGGAAAGUCUUUUACCAAGUCUGGACACUUAAAAACACACCAACUCAUCCACAGUGGAGAGAGACCGUUCAGCUGUGGAGACUGUGGAAAGUCUUUUACCAGGUCUAGAAGCUUAAAAACACACCAACUCCUCCACACUGGAGAGAGACCGUUCAGCUGUGAUGAGUGUGGAAAGUCUUUUACCGAGUCUGGAAGCUUAAAAACACACCAACUAAUCCACACCGGAGAGAGACCGUUCAGCUGUGACGAGUGUGGAAAGUCUUUUACCAAGUCUGGACACUUAAAAACACACCAACUCAUCCACAGUGGAGAGAGACCGUUCAGCUGUGGAGACUGUGGAAAGUCUUUUACCCACUCUGGAAACUUAAAAACACACCAACUCAUCCACAGUGGAGAGAGACCGUUCAGCUGUGGAGACUGUGGAAAGUCUUUUACCAGGUCUGGAAGCUUAAAAACACACCAACUAAUCCACACCGGAGAGAGACCGUUCAGCUGUGGAGACUGUGGAAAGUCUUUUACCAGGUCUGGAAGCUUAAAAACACACCAACUAAUCCACACUGGAGAGAGACCGUUCAGCUGUGAUGAGUGUGGAAAGUCUUUUAACGAGUCUGGAAGCUUAAAAACACACCAACUAAUCCACACCGGAGAGAGACCGUUCAGCUGUGACGAGUGUGGAAAGUCUUUUACCAAGUCUGGACACUUAAAAACACACCAACUCAUCCACAGUGGAGAGAGACCGUUCAGCUGUGGAGACUGUGGAAAGUCUUUUACCCACUCUGGACACUUAAAAACACACAAACUAAUCCACACUGGAGAGAGACCGUUCAGCUGUGGAGACUGUGGAAAGUCUUUUACCCACUCUGGACACUUAAAAACACACAAACUAAUCCACACUGGAGAGAGACCGUUCAGCUGUGGAGACUGUGGAAAGUUUUUUACCCUCUCUGGACACUUAAAAACACACCAAUUCAUCCACACUGGAGAGAGACCAUUCAGCUGUGAUGAGUGUGGAAAGUCUUUUACGCAGUCUGGAAACUUAAAAACACACCAACUCAUCCACACUGGAGAGAGACCGUUCAGCUGUGACGAGUGUGGAAAGUCAUUUACGCACAUUUCACACUUAAAAUCACAUCAACUCAUCCACAGUGGAGUUAAAGCGUACACCUGUGAUCAGUGUGGCAGAGCUUUUACUCACAGUAAGAGCUUACAGAGUCAUCUAGUUACCCACUCUGGAAUUAAGGCGUACAGCUGUGACAUUUGUGGAAAAACUUUCAGCCGGAUAGGGAGACGAAAUACACACCUACGCAUUCACACCAGACAUGAUGUGUACAGCUGUGAUCAGUGUGGUAAACAGUUUACCACAAACACAGAGUUACGACGUCACAUGUUUACCCACACUGAGGAACGACCUUAUAAAUGUGACCUGUGUGAGAAGACUUUUAAAUCUCCACGUUACCUGAAAGCACACCAACAGAUCCACACCAGAAAGACUCUACAAGUGCAGUUACUGUGAGAAGCAGAGCGACACAGAUGGAUCAAGUUCUCAACCCUGUCAUCGCUGUGGGAAAGACUUUUGUUGUGACCUUUGUGGAAAAACUUUAAGUCAUUGAAGGACUCUGAAAAUACAUCAACGUAGACACACUGGAGACAAAAUGAACUACUGUAAUGAAUGCGGGAGAGGCUUCACCACUUCAAAGGACUUCAAACAAUAUGAACUCCUUCACAGUGGCGUUAAAAAGCAUGUCUGCGAUCAGUGUGGGUCAUCCUUCAUCAGUGCACGUCAGCUUGAAAAGCAUAAACGAGUCCACACAUGAGAGAAACCAUACAAGUGCAGACACUGUGACAAAACCUUUUCACAAUCAUGUGAUCAUACUAAGCAUGAACGCAGACACAUGAAAGAGAACUUCAUCUGUGAAAGAGUUUGAGUAAUCUCAGUUCAUACUCCACUCACAAACGAUUCCAUGUUACAAAUAAACUGUUCCGUCUUGAUUCCCGCUUUUACGUUAAUCUUGUAAACAGUACAUUUGCAUAACGACUGAAACCGGCCCAAUGAAUGAACAAUGGGCUGUGAGGUCAAUUUCUUCAUCAUUAAUAUGCAAAUUCUUAUGAGCACUGAUCAACAACCACUGGUCAAUGGCCAUGAGUACCAUUCACAGAGUAAAAAUUUGCAUAAUGAUUAUGAAGUUUACUGUUACCAAUGUUCAAAAACAUUUACCAAAUUAUCCUCUCUGUGCAAACAUCAGCGUGAUGCAGGACUGAAAUCAUUGCCGUCUCUGGAUCACAGUGAAUCUGCAGAGACAGAAAGAUCCUCUUCUGGUUUCAGGGUCAGACUUAAACCCUUGAGAUCAGGCUCCACAGAGUUCAGGUGGAGUCUUCUGUAAAGAUCUGAUGAGGCAGCUAUGAAUGAAAA